AUGCAGAGGCUUGGUGCAGUGCACUCCUCCGCGGCGCAGGCUCUCAGCCUCGUGGUCUUAGUGCUGCAGCUGCUGACUCAGCUACCGGGUGCCGACUCAGCUCUCCGGUACCGGGUAGCGGAGGAGGGCCCACCUGACGUCAAGAUUGGCAAUGUGGCCGCUGACCUGGGCCUCACGGCAGGUACAGGCAGCGGCGAUGUCACCUUCGCCCUGGAGAGCGGCUCUGAGUUUUUCAAGAUAGACAAUGUGACAGGUGAGCUGACAACAGGCCCGCGGCGUAUUGACCGAGAGAAGCUCCUCCAGUGUCAAAUGAUAUUUGAUGAAAAUGAAUGUUUCUUGGACUUUGAGGUGUCAGUGAUUGGACCACUGCAGAGCUGGGUAGAUUUGUUUGAAGGCCGUGUGGUCAUAACAGACAUCAAUGACAACACCCCUUCCUUCCCCUCACCUGUCCUCCAACUUUCUGUUGAGGAGAAUCGCCCAAUUGGCACCCUUUACCUUCUGCCCACAGCAACAGACAGGGAUUUUGGACGAAAUGGCAUCGACCGCUAUGAGCUGAUCCAAGAUGGUGGAGCUGGGUCAAGUUCAACAAGACGCAUAGCAGGAGGAAACCCUAUUACUAGAGUGGAUGGACUUGGGGACCGGAGGGGUAGAAGUGGAGAUAAUGGAGGAGCAGCCAGGAGCACUGUGUUUGAACUACAAGUGGCAGAUAUACCAGAUGGUGAAAAACAACCACAGCUUAUUGUGAAAGGCACAUUGGAUCGUGAGCAAAAAGACUCGUAUGAGCUUGUCCUCCGGGUUCGAGAUGGAGGGAACCCCCCACGUUCUUCCCAAGCCCUGCUUCGUGUUUCCAUCACUGAUGUGAAUGACAACAGCCCACAGUUCGAAAGGUCAACAUAUGAGGCAGAAAUGGCAGAGAAUGCUCCUCCAGGUACACCUGUCCUCCAAGUCAGAGCUUCAGACCGUGACAUUGGAGUCAAUGGGCAAGUGGAGUAUGUCUUUGGAGCUGCCACUGAAUCUGUCAGGCGACUUCUGCGGCUGGACGAGGCAACUGGAUGGCUGAGCGUUCUUCACAGGAUUGACAGGGAAGAGGUGGCUCAGCUCAGGUUCACUGUAAUGGCCAGGGACAGGGGUCAGCCCCCACGCACUGACCGAACCACAGUAGUUUUGGCUGUCCGGGAUGAAAAUGACAAUGUCCCAGUUGUAGAGAUCCGAAAGAUUGGACGGAUCCCAGUACGAGAUGGAGCAGCAUUAGUACCAGAGAAUGUUCUGGUGGACACACCAGUAGCUCUGGUGCAGGUGUCAGAUCGAGACCAGGGAGAGAAUGGUGCUGUGACCUGCACAGUUGUAGGAGAUGUCCCAUUCACAUUGAAGCCAGCAGGUGAAACAGCACUUCCACCCUUACCUGUAGAUGAAGCCUUUGACAGGAACAAGAAAAAAUACUUCUUACACACCUCUGCUUUGCUGGACUAUGAGGUGACCAAAGAGUACAGUGUUACCAUUGUGGCAGUAGAUUCUGGAAGCCCCAGUCUAUCCAGCAACAGUUCACUGAUGGUACGGGUGGUAGACAUCAAUGACCAUGCCCCAACCUUUGCCCAGAGUGUUGUGGAGGUCCACUUUGCUGAGAACAACUCACCUGGUGAAAGGGUUGUCACUGUAGUUGCCACAGAUGCAGACAGUGGCAAGAAUGCAGAGAUUGCAUAUUCCCUGGACUCUGUUGUUAAUGGGCCAUUUUACAUAGAUGCAGAUAACGGAGAUAUCCGUGCAACAGGUGUUCUGGACCGCGAGCAACGAGAGAGGUAUGAACUCCGGGUAAUUGCCAAGGACAAGGGCACACCCUCUCUGCAAGGCUCUGCAACUGUUGUUGUUCAGGUGACCGAUCGCAAUGACAAUGCCCCCAAGUUUGUUCAGGAAAUCUUUACAUUCUACGUCAAAGAGAACUUGCUUGCCAACAGCCCAGUUGGCAUGGUCACUGUGACUGAUGCUGACGAAGGUGAGAAUGCAGAACUUAGUCUGUUUGUAGAGAUGAAUGGAGUUGAUGAGAAAAAGACAGGAGACAAGACAGAGGGAGAAGAAGGAGAGAAGGAGCAAGAAGAGGUGUUUUCCAUUGAGAACAACACAGGAACUAUAUUCUCCUCUGCAUCGUUUGACCGUGAAAGGCUUUCAACCUACACCUUCCGUGUCCGGGCUGUGGAUGCAGGGGAGCCACGGAAAACCGCCACUGCCACUGUCUCACUCUUUGUGACGGAUGAGAAUGACAACGCCCCCUCAAUCACCUCUCCAGCCAAUGAGUCCUACACCCUUCUUCCACCUGCCAGUAGUGCCCGUACCAUAGUCAGAACUGUAACAGCCACAGACUCAGACACUGGCCCUAAUGCAGACCUUCGCUUUGCUCUGGUGGGGGGAAAUCCCUUCAGACUGUUUGAGAUUGGCCACACCAAUGGAGUGAUUACCCUGGCGGAACCACUGGAGCGGCGCCACAGAGGUCUGCAUCGCCUUGUGAUCAGGGUCAAUGAUAGUGGGGUGCCCUCUCUAUGUGCCACUGCCCUGGUUCAUGUCUUCAUCAAUGAGAGCUUGGCCAACGCCACCCUAGUGGAUGCACAGGUGGCCCGAAGCCUGAUGGCCCCACUAUCCCUGGACAUUGCCGGAGACCCAGAUAGUGAGCGUGCAUUAGGGAAACAACGCCUCAGUGUAGCUAUUGGUGUCUUAGCUGGAGCCGCAGCGGUUAUCCUUGUGAUCCUCCUUGUAGUCACAGCUCGGCAGUGUGGAGCUCAAGGCAAGAAUGGCUAUGAGGCUGGUAAGAAGGAGCCAGAGGAGGAUUUCUUCAGUCCUCCAGGGGCUCAACCACAGGCAGGCCGUGGUGGGGGAUCAGACCGUGGACGCAAACCUCGGCGGGACAAACGCAACGGAAGUGGCGGCAGUGCAGCAGCAGGUGGAGGAAAGUCAGACAGAUCACUGUACAGCGGCAUUGUCACAGUUAACGGUCUGCGUCGCCAUGCCAAUGACGACGAUGACGAGGAUAUUAGUAGUGCUAGUGAGCGCCUGGCAGCCCGCUACUGCGCUGUGGACGGUGACCCCAGCAGCCCACGGAUGGGUGGUGGCAGGAGGCACCAGUCAAGCCCAGAUCUGGCCAGGCACUACAAAUCCAGCUCACCUCUCCCUGCAGUGAAUCUACAGCCCCAUUCCCCUCCAGCUGAGGGAAAGAAGCAUCAGGCAGUCCAGGAGCUACCUCCCUCAAACACCUUUGUGGGCAAUGGAGGUUGUGUGGGGAGUGCUGGCUCCAGCAGCAGCAGUAGUGGGGGCAGUGGCAAUGCUGAUGCCAUGUCCCUGGGAUCUGACCAGUGCUCAGAGUAUGGCUGCCAGACUGGGAACAAGUACAGCAAACAGGGGACCCUUCGCCGGGUGACCUUCUCCGUAGUCAGCCAACCCCAGGAUGGCGGUUGCUAUGACAGUGGCAUGGAGGACUCAGAGACACCGAGCAGCAAGAGUUCAUCAGGGCCGCGACUGGGAGCCCUGCCACUGCCCGAGGAAGGCUACGAGCGGACCACACCCGAAGGCAGUGUGGGGGAGGAGGAGCAUGUGGAGAAUGAUGCCAGACAGCUGCCAGAUGUAGCUCUGACAGGAAAGUGUACGAGGGAGUGUGAUGAGUUUGGCCAUUCUGACACUUGUUGGAUGCCCAUCCGUCCAUCGCCUCGCCAGCGCCAGCGCCACGGCAGCGACCCCCCACGGCUCUCCACUUUCGCCCCAGGAGACGACAACAACAAUCUCCGUGGUAACGACCAUGAGAGUGACAGCGAGAGUGCUGGCAGUGCAGGGAGCUCAGAACCAGGGGUGGUCAUCAGCGGAGAAGGUCAGAGACUACCCUUAGCCAACGGUGAUCCUCUCGGCACCCUGGGUAGUGGAGAUCGCAACAGGAACAUGGGUGAUCACAACCGUAACCUUCUGAACCGCAAGAUGACUUCAGCAUCCUACGACACGUUUAGCAGUGCAGGCUUCGGGAGGCGUCAGCAAGAAGAGGAAGGAGGAGAAGGCCAGAACCCGCCUGAGGUCAUACCACUGACGCGGACGGGAGGGGACUACAAGACCACGUCCUGCCUCACAUUGUCACGCCGCGAGGUCUACCUGUGACAGCCUUGCAAUAGAGCAAUCACCACACGACUCUAAAAAAAAAAAGAGGGAGGGUUAAGACUUUACUGGCAAGUCAUCAGUUUGGAAGGCCUUUUAAACCUGUGAAGACAUGAAAAUGUCAAAGAUGUUUUCUGAAAGUCGUAUAUCAAUUUGGAACUUCUGGAUUCUGACUAAUAUUUAUAGGGACUUAAACUAAAGCAAGUGAUGAAUCAACUCUUUGGAGAUCUCUGGCCAAGAGUACUUUCUAAAAAGACUUCUUUUUUUAA